AUGUCAGAUUAUAUCGUUGAAGCCGCUUAUGUGGUUGACUCCGUGCAAGACAUUACAUCUUUGAAAUUUAGUGAGAAUUUUGCGGAGGAAAUUGGCAAAUACCACUUUUCUACUUUGCAGCUUGCAUUUGAUUUUUAUAUGAAGUACUCAAAGUCGAAGGGCUUUAGUGCAAGGAAGAGCAAGACCUUCAAGAAUAGUAGUGGCGAGAUUUACAGACAAAUGUUUGUAUGCCAUAGGCAAGGAUUCAGGAUGGAGAAAUAUUACACGAUGGAAAAAAGGAAGAAGGAGCCUAGAUUGGAAACAAGAACUGGAUGUGAAGCCCGAAUGGAUGUUAAAUUUAAAAAUGUCAGAGGCAGAUAUUAUGCAAAUGAUGAACAUGCUAAAGUCAGGGAUCAGCACCUCACAGAUAUUUAG